CCGCUGGUCAACGAUUUCUGUGGGCUGCCCGUAUUGGCUGGUGUGCUAGUUGACUUCGUAGGCAACCGAGAUCGAGGGAGGGGAUCUCAACCCUCGGUGUACGCACCACCACGGGCGAUGGACGGAUCGGAUCACGAAAUACGGCGGGUACAGGAGCCCGUCUGGGCAUGUUCAUCACGGGCUCCCAACCCAACUCCCAUGCCUGUCCGCUGGGCCCGGUUCCACUUGAGAUAACCAUUUCGUCCCCCCUAUCCCCGCUCCGGUACCCCGUCCCGCCGCCGCCGGAGUAGGAAGAUGCUCUCGCUGCGGCCACCCCACACCACGUUCCCACGCACCUCACAGUGGCUGAGGUGGGGCCGCCAGGGCGGAGCCGCCGCGCCGCACUGUCUCGGCGCCACGGGGCCGGGGAGCGUCUCCUUCCCGAUCCUGGUGAAUGGCUGCACUGGUAACAUGGGGCUAUCUGUUGCCGAGGCUGCUGUUCUUAGGGGCCUUCAUCUAGUCCCCGUUUCAUUCAGCAGUAGAGAGAAGGUUAAAAGAACAAUACAAGUUGGACAAACAGACAUUCGUAUAUAUGGCCCUUCUGCACGAGAAGAUGUUCUUUCAUCUGUCGCUGAUGAAUUCCCAGAUGUCAUUGUUCUGGACUACACAGCACCUGAUUCUGUGAACUCUAAUGCGGAGCUCUAUUGCAAGCUUGGUUUGCCAUUUGUGAUGGGCACAACUGGUGGGAAUCGGCAGUUACUCUACAAGUCAGUGCAAGAUUCAAAAAACUAUGCACUAAUAUCUCCACAGAUGGGAAAACAGGUGGUUGCAUUUGUUGCUCUAAUGAGAAUCUUCGGCGAGCAGUUUCCAGGAGCCUAUUCGGGUUAUCAUUUAGAGGUUUUAGAAUCGCAUCAAGCUAGCAAGAAGGACACAUCUGGUACAGCUAAAGAUGUGAUUGCUUGUUUUGAGAAAUUAGGUGUGCCAUAUGAUAUGAACAAGCAGAUGGUCAAGAUUAGAGAUCCUGAGCAGCAGCUUGAGAUGGUGGGUGUCCCUGAAGAGCACAUUGAAGGGCAUGCAUUCCAUUUGUACCAUCUCACGUCUUCGGAUGAUAGUGUUUCAUUUGAGUUCCAGCACAAUGUUUGUGGCCGUUCAAUCUAUGCUGAAGGAACUAUUGAUGCUGCAAUAUUUCUGCAUAGGAAGGUACAAUCAAAGGAUUCUAAGAGAAUAUACAACAUGGAGGAUGUCUUGCGAGAAGGAUACAUGCGAUAAAAUUUACUGAUUAGUUGUUCAAUAGCUUGAAGCAACGUAGUGUUUUUUUUGUUGUUGUCUGUGGGGAAGUAUUAGAUACUUUAUUAAUAGAGCUUCUUUGUGAGAACUAAGUAAACAGUUAGUCUGUACUAAGUUGUUCAAGUUUCAAUCAAACUGAAGAAAAAAUACAUUAGAAAUAAAAAAAUACACAUUAAAAGUA